UGGCAUUCAAGCCAAAGAGUUCAAUCUUGUUUCUCAUGGUCUCAUUUCUAAAAACCUGUUUUUGCAUUGUCAUUAUCUGGUAUUGUGUGUAUAUCGACGAGGAAAUAAGGUUAUUUAAUCCAUUUCAGAUUAAGGCUGUAACGUAACAAAAUGUGCAAAAAAAGUCAAGGGGUCUGAAUACUUUCCCGAAAUAUCCAUGUUUCAUUCUAGACACCAGAAGUCAAAAUCAAGGUCUAUAGGUCUCCAGACCUUAUGCAAAGUUGGUAGAGACUUGUCAAAUAAGUAACUGCUGCCAAAAGAUUGACUCAAAGGUCAACCGUGAGAUUACUACCUACAAUAGGAAAUGUGACAUAGCUACGAUGACACACAUGGCUGCUGCACGAGAGAUCUGAGCCCCAGGUAACAGGAGGAAGAAACGUUCUGCAACGUGGGAAACCGGUUGCUCGCUGGGCCCCUCCUACUUCCGUCGUGCUGGACGUAAGCCAUGUCUGACAGCCCCACCCACGUUCUUCCAUUACGCCCGCUGUGGGAGUAUAUCAAUACUGGAAAGACAGAAACAGGCUCAGAAAGAAAGAGAAGGAGACAGAGACAGAGACAGAAACAGGCUCAGAAAGAAAGAGAAGGAGACAGAGACAGAGACAGAAACAGGCUCAGAAAGAAAGAGAAGGAGACAGAGACAGAGACAGAAACAGGCUCAGAAAGAAAGAGAAGGAGACAGAGACAGAGACAGCGAAAGAAAGACAGAGAGAGACAGAGAAAUGGACCGAGAGUGCAUCACACGAGGGGUCAGGAGGAGAUGAAUAGAUCUACCCAACGGACCCAUGGACCUUUUUGACCCCUCACCCCUGCAGCGAUUGGCUCUCCUGGUGUUGUGGCAGGGCCUGGCGUUGGGACUGAGCAGCUCUGCCUUGCGGUACCAAGUGGAGAGGAGAGACAGAGACAGGGCUGUGACCUGGAUCCAGGCCAGGCGGUUCUGUCAGAGGUACAGGCAUUACGUUGACCUGGCUGUCCUAAGCACCCAGGACCAGUACCAGUUCCUUCUGCAGACCAUGGCUGCUGGUGAGAGGGACACCUUCUGGCUGGGUCUGCAGCCCCACACUGCCCCUGGUGGCUGGAGGUGGAAGUGGGUGGAUGGCCAGGGGCUGAGCUAUGAUCGCUGGUACAUAAAAAGUCCUGGACCUGGACUCUGUGGUUGUCUGGAGACCAGCCUCAAAGGGGAGAAUAAACUACUGUCCAGAUCCUGUGGCGAGACCGUGGAACGACAUGGUUUCAUCUGCCAAGGCGCUGUACCCCCCGAGCGGCUAAAGGCGGAGUCUGAAGGGACUGAUCAUGUGACUGUGCAUUGGGACACGCCCCCUCUGAUGCAGACAGCUGAUCAUAGCUACAGAAUUACCACAUGUAGCUUCCAGCAUCACCCUCAUCUUUCUCUCCUCCACCCUUCACUCCCUCCUUGCCACACCCCUCCUCUUUUCCUCUGUCCUUUCCCCCACCCCCCUCAUCCCACCACCCCAUGUUGCGUCCUCCACCUCCCCUACUCCAACAGCUCCACCUCCCACUCCACCCGGAUCUCUGGCCUAACCCCGGGAACCCAGUACACCAUCAGCGUUGCCACAGUGAUCACGCGCCCAGAUCCUGUCACCGGUGACAACGUCACCACCGACAGUGACCCAGUCACGGUGACCGUCAAAACAAUAGGUGGCGGUGGUGGGCAGCAGGUGGUUGCCAUGGUACUGAGUGUGGUCAAGUUCAUCUAUCUGGCUGUCUUACUCUGUUUACUUUACCUCAUCCUGAAGAGAAAUGCUGUCCAGGCUCCUGAACUUGAUCUGGAAUCAGUAGAACUCCCUACUGAAGAAGAAUACAUUUUAGACAUGAUUAAAACUGGUCCUACAUCAGUUGAAUUCCCUAAUGAAGAAUGCAUUGUUGAGCUGCCACCUGAAGAAUAAUGAAUUGUCUGACUAGAACUGGUUCUAGGUCAGUGGUGCCUCCUCCUGGAGAAUGCAUUGUUGAGCUGCCACCUGAAGAAUAAUGAAUUGUCUGACUAGAACUGGUUCUAGAUCAGUGGUGCCCACUCCUGGAGAAUGCAUUGUUGAGCUGCCACCUGAUUACAACUGGUUGUAGAUCAGAAAACAGCAGCUCUACCUGCCAAAUCUACCAGCUUUUCUUGAUAGUGUAAAGAUUAAGGGAGAAUAUAAAUACAAGCUGCAGACAGUAUGCGUUAUUAGUCUUGAUACAUACUUAUAAACAAAAUAGUUUUAUCUUAACAAGAUAUACCUGUUUAACUAUAAGUUUUUAGAAAAGUAUGGAUAAACACUUAAGUGCAAAGUAGAUUUGUUAUUCUCGACAAGGAAUUAAUAAGCAUUGAGAAUGAGUUAAGCUGCCUCUUUAAUAAACAGGUUAGAAAAAUAGGUAUUUUGACCUCAAUACGACGUUUAGAAAAGUAUUUUAUUUAUUUAUUUUAUGUUUUACCACACAUUGUCAGUAGUCAUGAUUUUCAUGCUGGGUAUGGAAACAUGUUGCCUCCUUAUGCAUAUAGAUAGGAGAAAUGUACAUUAGUUGUAUGUCAUAAAGUAUGUAAUAUAUAUAGCCUUAGUUCACAAAUGACACCCUAUUCCCUACAUAGUGCACUACUUUAGACCAGAUCCUUAUGGCACCGUAUUCUCUACAUAGUGCCCUACGUAGCAAAAAGGAUGAAAUUUGAGAUGCAGACAAAGGGAAAUAACAAGUGAAAGGUGAAAAGCCCAUGAAAAUGAUUUUUGUAUGAAUUAUUUAGCUUUUUGUUAAAAUGAUUUAGCUUUUUGUCUGAAUGAUUUAGCGUUUUGUCUGAAUGAUUUAGCUUUUUGUUAAAAUGAUUUAGCUUUUUGUCUGAAUGAUUGAGCUUUUUGUUAAAAUGAUUUAGCUUUUUGUUAAAAUGAUUUAGCUUUUUGUCUGAAUGAUUGAGCUUUUUGUUAAAAUGAUUUAGCUUUUUGUUAAAAUGAUUUAGCUUUUUGUUAAAAUGAUUUAGCUUUUUGUCUGAAUGAUUGAGCUUUUUGUUAAAAUGAUUUAGCUUUUUGUUAAAAUGAUUUAGCUUUUUGUCUGAAUGAUUGAGCUUUUUGUUAAAAUGAUUUAGCUUUUUGUCUGAAUGAUUUAGCUUUUUGUAUGAAUGAUUGAGCUUUUUGUUAAAAUGAUUUAGCCUUUUGUUCAAAUGAUUUAUCUUUUUGUAGACAUUAUUUAGCUUUUUGAACGAUUGACUUCAUUGUUGGCAUUUUGUCUUCUUCAACAAAACGUAUGAGUGGCUUAACAGCCUAACAUUGUAACAGGGUACUUCUAUAUUAGAAAUUUAACAGUAAAGUAACUUUUUGUGUUCUGGAAUUGACUGAGGUUCAUUUGUACUGCUCAAAUACUACUUUAGUCAAUAAAUAAACUCGUUGAACUUGU